AUGGAAUAUAUGGCUUAUGAUAAUACACAUUUUAAAGAAUACAAUAGUAGUCAAAAUAAUACGGCUGAUUUCUUUCACAUAAAUACAUUUUGCAAUAAUAAUACUAAUUUAUUUUCUUGUACAACUCAAAAUGAUU